AUGUCAGAACUGCCUGCUUUUCCUCGAAUGUCCAUUCUGUUGCUUUGCACUCUGGGUAUGACCUGGGGCUUCCCUCAGCCUGGACUACCUCUCAGAACUCCUGAUGAUUCAGUGGAACCUAAACAAGAUGACUAUGUCCUCUUCCCCUCCAUCUCUCUCCAUGAUUGGAGCAUUCAAAUGAUGUCAGCCCCCAGCCUCAGAGCAGCAGCAGAUAGCAAGGCAGGACUGAUGAGGGAAGCGUGGCUGUUUGCACCAGAAAGGGCAGAGGCGAGCAUGGAGACGGCGUGGCCUGAUGAAUGGUCGCCUCAGGGUGCUGGCACGGUGAAGAGGAACAUGGUAGUGGCUGAUGACGCUGCCUUCAGAGAAAAGAGUAAACUCCUCACCUCCAUGGAGAGACAGAAGUGGCUGAACUCCUACAUGCAGAAACUACUGGUGGUUAACUCUUCAUGA